GAGAGAGAGAGAGAGAGAGACAUGUAUAUAAAGUGGUAUAUCUUAGUAAUGAGGGAAGAAAAAUAUGUGAGAAUAUGUGAGAAGCCCUGUGAGAGGAAAGGGCAAAUGGGAUCAGCGCCAAAAGGCUGUCUGAGGCUUUGGAGCAAGACCUGUGGCUAAGUUCAAGGGCAGGGCCACAGCCAAAUAAAGGGCUGGCCACCUGCAAGUCUGCCACAUCUGGGAAAUGGAUAAAAGGAAAAAGAAUAAAUCAAAUAGCUAUGGAUGCUUGCAGUCCUUGGCAUUAUUUGCUUUUCCCACCCCACAGCAAAGUCCGACUCUUCCCCAAAACGCAGAAAUUCUAGAAUAACUCGAAGGUCUCCAAGAAAAAAGAGUUGUGUCCUACUUAGAAUAGGCCAAGUAUGUGUGUGGGGGUGUGGGGGGGUAUGUCUAUAGGGGGUCAUUAGGAUCCUAAUCUCUAGUAUCUGGCACCCACAAAGGACAGAACUCCCAUAUCCACCGCUAAGUAUGACUCCUGGGCCCAGUGGUCCAUAAAUCUCCAGCUGGUGGAAAGAUAGGCACAAUAUACACAGAUUCCCACAUUGCUGCAAAUUUCUCGAAUUCUCAAGUACUUGGAUAAGCUAUGUUUCUUUUUCUUUCUGAUUGUAAAUAUUUAAUUAUUUCCACCUCUUUUUGAAGCCAGUAGGUAUGAUGUUUGCAAGAACAUUUGAAAUUAAGGGGAAAGGAGUUCCCAAGUCCACAGAGCAACUGCCUUGCACAUUAUUUUGCCCAGUAUGUACAAGAAAAAGCAAAACAGAGAGCAGAUAUAGCCAGUUCAAGCUCUUGCAGAGUUAUAAUAUGCAAAGUCCAACAUUCCCGAUAAUUGGCCUGUGCUAAGUGUGGAACUGUGUCUCUUGUUUUGGGACAAAAAUCUGCACUGGUAAUUUAAAUAUGGAGGCUUCAAAGACGGAGAACCCAAGGAUGUUGAAACCCAUCUCUUGCCUCAGUCUUUGUAUAAGGUCCCUUUUAAAUCCUAAAUCCCCAUAAGCCAUAUUGUUACAUUGUAAAAUGUAACUUUCUCUGAUCUUAUCCAUUCCCAGUAUGGUGAGAUCGUCUUUGGCUGCGUCUAACUAGGAAAAAUGAAAGGGUGAGUUGAAAGCAUUAAAGACAGCAGUCAGAAUGAUCAGAAAACCCAGCCAAUGCAGCCUUUUCCACAAAAUGAGGCCACAGUUAGCGUCUCCGCUGUGUAGACCAAGCUCAAGUUAAUUCGGUUUAGCCAGGCCUUUUUCUUUCCUACUAGAGCCUCAACCCCAAUGGCUACCAGGACCUGGGGAGCUCGCCUCUGCCCUCAGGACCUCCCUGCCCGGCUCAAUAGCUCUGGACCAGUUCAUUUCGCCACAGCCCGGAGCCGCUCGGAAAGCAAAGAUUAAAGGGGAAAGUCGCAGCUGUAUAUUUAUAUUUUCAUUGCUAGAAGGGAAUUGAUUUCCGCGCAUUUAUUUUGGUAGUUGUAAUACACAAGGGCGGAUUUGCGUCACCCGAGCAACUUGCCGGUGGAGAUAAAGUUGCACAAAUAUUGAAAGGGGAAGUGCUAGGAGUCAUUAUAGAGUUUUUCUCCGGAAGAAAUAAGGAUUUCUGCAGUAUCCUAAAAUACUAAGGCCGCUUCUAUUUUGAGACCAAUCUCGCAGGCACAUCCGCUCAUUUAGUCCGAGUUUGAGCCCAUCAAAAACAGGAGAUGACCUGAACUCCGGCGAGCCCAGGGUUUCCUGCUGCUUUCUUGAUUCUAAAGUGCGGGGAGUGAGGAGGGCGGGAGUCUGCGGGCUCAGAACUGGGCGAAGGGCCUGAAGGGGCCAGGCUUGGGCCUGGGGAAGGGGUAAAGGGGGCGACGGGGGUCGCUCCAAAGACUUGUUUUUCGCGUUUGCCUCCGGGAGCUGGAAUUAAGGCCUCGGAUGGCGCCGAUGCGGUUGCAAGGAAGCAGAGGGCCUGGGAGAGCAAGGGGUGCGCUGGCGAAGUUGCCGCUUGCAAUCCAGCAGCUGGCCUGGCGGAGAAAGGGAGGCUAGCGACGCGAAGAGUCGGCGGCCCUCGGGGCCUAGCUUUCGCCACGUCUACCCAACGCUCCGGGCCUUGAAUCUCUGCAGGUGCGAGUUGCGGGCGCCUCAGGGAACCCCGAGGUCCCGCGUUUCCCCGGGUCUGCGUCCCGUGCCCAACCCAGAGCUUCGCAAACCUUGGAAAGGAUGAAAGCGGGUAGGGGAGUCUUAUUUCUUAAGAGAGAAGGUGAGGGCGCGCGGCGCCGCCUCCGGUAAGGAGUAAAGGCACCUCUUUCACAACUGUGAGUUUGGGCUUAGGCCGACGUCUAAAUGUUUGCAGUCAAAUUAGAAUCACAAUCAAACUGGAAGUAGCACUAGAAAGGAAAACGCUCAUGGCCUCCCCUACGCACGCUCCCACCGAAGGCUCGCCAGAACCCUCAGCCAGCGCCUUAAGUGCCCUUGUACUUCUUGCUCCUUUGCCUUCAGCUUGACCCAAAAGCACUGGUCUUAUUAUGCCUCUCGCCCCAGGGGCCCCUACCUUCACCCAAACAUACCCAUCUAUCUCUGGAAAUAACACCUCUCUCCUGGCUGCCUGGAGCAGGGGAAGAAAACCUUUCAGGAACUGGAGCUGGAGAGCGGGAGAGCUGGGGGCGGGAGGAGGAGGAGAGAGAGAGGGAAAGAUCUCCGUGCUGGCAGAUCGGAAGUGAUUGAUAAUUUUCCAGGAAAAAGUCAAAAGCUUAAAAGGAUAGCAUCUGCAUCAAGGGGCUAGAGAAGCCACCAGAAAUUAAUUUUCUAAGCCCAAAUCCUGAACUCGAGAUAGGCAUGGCAAGUUCACUUGCCUUUCCGGGUUUAUUCGGUGAGGAGCCUUAGUGUUGAAGGGAAAUAAAAAUGCCACAGAAUCUCUGUUAGGAGAUGCUUAUUAGGGCAAUCGAAAACAAAAGAUUUCGUGGUUUCAUUAUUGCUAUUAUUUUAUUUUCUUCCUGAAAAUGUGCAAGAACAGCUCAUCCGGGUGGCCUGUGGUUUGUUUGGGAGAGGGGUGGGGAAAUCCAUUCUGACUGUAAUUUAAAAGAGAACGAAUUCUUAAAAUAGAGAUGUUGAUGUUGCACAACCCCCCACUCCCCCAACCACUAUCACCACCCUGUGUUCUAAGACCCAAGGCACGAUUGGAAGACGUUGACCACCACUGCAGCUCCUCCUGCGACCAGGCUCAAGGGGUUCCCGGGGAAACCGUCACAGAAUUGAAAGCGGUAUUGAACCCCACGGAAAUCUGCUCUUGCGGGCACUUGCAAAACAACGAACCCCACGUGAUCUGGAGAUGUGGUGGAGGAGGGAGGCUAACAUUUUCUACAACGUGCUGCAAAGGAGGGAACGAGCGUGCCCCUCUCCCGGGUUUCGGGAGGCAGCCUGUUUUGUAGUGUCUGAGGCUCGGGGGAAAGGUUUGGCUGGGUCUAAGGGAGACGUCUGGAGCCAUCCAUCUUAUUUUGUUUGAAAAGUCAGUCGUUCAAGUUGUCACUGUGUGACAGCUCAGAAGAAAACUAAUUUGCGGCCGCCCCUCCUCCUCGCUUUGCCGAGGAUCUCCCGGGAGGCACGGGGCGGACGCGGUGCUGAGUUGGGCCGGGACUCAGGGCCGCAGCAUUCGGGCAGGGGCCCAGGAAAAUGGAGGGCUUUGCCGAGGACACAGACUCCUGUAAUAAAAGCAGAAUGAGGCCAAGAGGAGGAAAGCGAAGGGGCCAAAAGCGCGCUCCGCUCUCCACCGGGAGGCGGGCUUUACAUCGCCCUGAAGCACCAGAUAACUGUUCCUUUCCCACUACCCCGACUCGCCCCGGGCGACAGGCGCUUCAGGAAAGCCCCUGUGACCAGCUCUCCUUGCCCCAUGGCGGUUUGGAGCUGCAGAAGUUAGAAGACAGUCAGCCCUCCGGAGUGGCUGCCUGGCCCCUGCGCAGAGGAGCAAGACGCGCUGCGCUGUGCCCUGCUAAGUCCACGCGGCCACAGCAAACAGUUUGGCGUGGUCGGGGCGUGGCUCGGGCCCGGCCACGCCCCUCGCUCCUAAUUCCCCACCACUCCCGGCUCCCAUUGGUCACGAGGAUGGCCAAUGAGCGCUCGGAUCGAGGUCCUACCCCGGGCCUGACUCGAAAGCUCCUGCCAAAACUUUGGGAGUUUUUAGAGACGAGUUUUUUUUCUAUUACUUCUCUCCCCCACCCCCCCACCCCCAACUAACGGAUUAUUAUUGUUGUUGUUUUAAAUUUAGCUCUUAGGGCUUAGCUGUUUGGGUUUUCUCGCGGUGUCCGGCUCCCGUCUCCCCGGCUCCCCGCCCGCCCUGCGGCCCCAGCGCCCCUCGCCAGCCUCCAGCCCGCGAGGAGUGAGUGCGGGCGCCGCGCCGCCUUUAAAGCGAGGCCAGGGAGCGGGGCGGUGAGCGGCGGAGAUCGGCCCUCGCCUCCUCCCUCGGCGGCGCUCGGGCUCCCGGCCUCUCUUCUCCGGUGCGGGCGGAGAAGCGAAAGCAGAUCGUCCUCGGCUGCGGCCGCUUCUCGCGGACUCGCGCGCCGGUCCCCGCGCGCCCACCCACUCGGUUCCGCCGGCCUGCGGCAGCCGCGCGGCUCACCCCGCCAGGAUGUUCGCGGCCGGGCUGGCUCCCUUCUACGCCUCCAACUUCAGCCUCUGGUCGGCCGCCUACUGCUCCUCGGCCGGCCCGGGCGGCUGCUCCUUCCCCUUGGACCCCGCCGCCGUCAAGAAGCCCUCCUUCUGCAUCGCAGACAUUCUGCAUGCCGGCCUGGGGGACCCCGGGGCGGCCCCGGAGGGCCUGGCAGGGGCCUCGGCCGCCGCCCUCACCGCGCACUUGGGCUCGGUUCACCCGCACGCCUCUUUCCAAGCGGCCGCCAGAUCCCCGCUUCGACCCACCCCAGUGGUGGCGCCCUCCGAAGUCCCGGCUGGCUUCCCCCAGCGGCUGUCUCCGCUCUCCGCCGCCUACCACCACCAUCACCCGCAGCAACAACAGCAGCAGCAACAGCCGCAGCAGCAACAGCCACCGCAGCAACAGCCCCCGCCUCCGCCCCGGGCCGGCGCCCUGCAGCCCCCGGCCUCAGGGACGCGAGUGGUCCCGAACCCCCACCACGGCGGCUCGGCCCCGGGCCCCUCCAGCAAAGACCUCAAAUUUGGAAUUGACCGCAUUUUAUCUGCAGAAUUUGACCCAAAAGUCAAAGAAGGCAAUACGCUGAGAGAUCUCACCUCCCUGCUAACCAGCGGGCGGCCCGCUGGGGUGCACCUCCCAGGCCUGCAGUCCUCCGCCGGCCAGUUCUUCGCUUCUCUAGAUCCCAUUAAUGAGGCUUCUGCCAUCCUGAGUCCCUUAAGCUCGAACCCAAGAAAUUCAGUUCAGCAUCAGUUCCAAGACACGUUUCCAGGUCCCUAUGCUGUGCUCACGAAGGACACCAUGCCGCAGACAUACAAGAGGAAGCGCUCAUGGUCACGGGCUGUCUUCUCCAACCUGCAGAGGAAAGGCCUGGAGAAAAGGUUUGAGAUUCAGAAAUACGUGACCAAGCCAGACCGAAAGCAGCUGGCUGCGAUGCUGGGCCUCACCGACGCACAGGUGAAGGUGUGGUUCCAGAACCGCCGGAUGAAGUGGCGGCAUUCCAAGGAGGCCCAGGCCCAAAAGGACAAGGACAAGGAGGCUGGGGAGAAGCCAUCAGGUGGAGCCCCGGCUGCGGAUGGCGAGCAGGACGAGAGGAGCCCCAGCCGCUCUGAAGGCGAGGCUGAGAGCGAGAGCAGCGACUCCGAGUCACUGGACAUGGCCCCCAGCGACACCGAGCGGACUGAGGGGGCUGAACGUUCUCUGCACCAAACAACAGUUAUUAAGGCCCCGGUUACUGGCGCUCUCAUCACCGCCAGCAAUGGUGGGAGUGGUGGGAGCAGCGGCGGCGGCGGCAGUUUCAGCUUCGGCAGCGCCAGCAGCCUCAGUAGCAGCAGCACCGGGGCCGGUUGCGCUAGCAGCCUUGGCGGCAGCUGCGCAUCGGAGCUUCUCCCUGUGCCACAGCCCACAACCAGCGGCGCUCCCAAAAGCCCCGAGCCAGCCCCAGGCGCGCUUGGCGGCUUAUAGACUGGACUAGGGAGGAUGGGAUCUGGGCCUUGCGUGCAGUCACCCAGCCAUGGGCUGGGUUUUGUACUGACUGUGAGUGUUGGCGGCUUGGCAGGGCAGGAGACGCAGCGUGGAGUAUAUAGCUCCCGGCAUUCACGCUUCGCCUCACAUGGCUCCAGCAGGCUGCAGCGGACACUGCCCAGAGCGGAGGGAAGUUGCGGUGUCCCCCUAGCCAGCAGAACACUUCUCUCUGGAAGCAAGCUGGUUAAACUGUGAAGUGUUUGACUAAACUGUUCCUCUGACUCGCCCCAGGGGUCGUGGCUCCAAGGCAUUUAAGACGCCUUAAACUUGUAAAUAAAAAGUUUACUACGGUUUGUAAA